UUUUGUAUAGAUGUCUCUUUUUGUAUAAAAUGAUUGGGGGUGUUGCAAGUGUUAGUGUUAUGGUAUUGAUGUCAGCUGCUUAUUUUUUUAUUUGCUUAUAAUAAUACAAAUGUGUCAGCAAAGUGAAACUAAAACAUUGCUUCCUGUUAAGCAGGAGGCAUUCUAAUAACCGGAAAAAUACAUUUCUGAGAAGUUGAACCAUUGAGCAAUAUGUACUAGUUGCAGUCCCACUUCAGUAUAUAAGGGAUUCUGUACAAUCACCUUCUCGUUACACUGAAACAUGGAGCGAUGCGGUGUCUUGCUGGUAGGUCUUCUGGUGAUAUUACCAAGGACACAAACAGAGGAGAAUCCCUUUGAAAAAUGCUUCCAUGAUCCCGAUUAUGAGUUUCUACUACAGAUUGCGGAAAAUGGCCUCAACAAGACUCAGUGUCCUAAGCAUAUUGCAAUUGUCGGAGCUGGAAUGUCUGGAUUAAUUGCUGCUAAACUGCUGGAGGAAGCUGGCCACAGGGAAUAUUUACAGAAGGAAGGCAACUUAAGUAGAGCAGCAGUCCGAAUGGUUGGUGAUAUUCUCAAUGAGCAGUCCUUGUUUUACACAGCUUUAACUGAAAGUCUACGAGAUGAAGCUGACCUCAAUGACAAAGUCACAUUUCAUGGAAUAAGUGGUGGUCUUGAACUACUGCCCAGAGCUAUAUAUCAACAUCUUAGUUGUGCAAUUCUUCUGAAAUCAAAAGCUGUGGAAAUAAAUCAAAACCUGCAGGAUGUCAGAAUUGUUUACAAAGACAAGGAUGACAACUCAGUCAGUAACCUCAAGGCAGAUUACCUUCUGUUCACUGGGACAGCAAAGGCUGCUUUGCAUGUAAAAUUUAACCCACCACUUCCAGAUUUUAAAACAGAGGCCCUUCGUAACACCCACUAUGAUAGUGCAACUAAAAUAUUCCUGGCAUUUCGAGAGAAGUUCUGGGUGGAGGAAGGGAUACGUGGUGGGAAAUCAAUCACAGAUCACCCAUCAAGGUACAUUUACUACAUCAGUAACAGUUUCCCAAGUGGAGUUGGUUUAGUGCUUGCUUCGUAUACCUGGUCAGAUGAUUCCUCAUUCUUUCUAGGAAUGAGUGAUGAUGAAUGCAUGCAAUUGGCACUCAAUGACCUUGCUUCAAUACAUGGUGAAAAGAUUCGAAGCCUCUAUGAAGGUGGUGUGGUGAAAAAAUGGAGCUUAGAUGAGUACAGCCUUGGUGCCUUUGCUUUGUUCACCCCGUAUCAGCUGACAGAAUAUUCUUCCGAUGUGUUUAAGCCUGCAGGAAGAGUACAUUUUGCUGGAGAACACACUGCCCUCCCUCAUGCUUGGAUCGAAACGUCGAUAAAGUCUGCAGUUAGGGCAGCCAGAAAUAUUAAUAAUGAAGCAUGUACUGAAGUCCUUCCUAAUGAAAAGACAGAACUUUAAAAAAAAAAGGCCAAAAGUGUUGUUGUCUAUAUACAAAUCAUCUUUAGGCAGAAAUGUGAAAAUACCACCUUUUUGUCUGAAACAAAUAUUUGUAAAACUUGAUCAUUUGUUUCUGUAUGUUUCUGUUUGUUUUUUUUUGGAAACUAACAGGCAUACAAUUUUAAAAAAAGAGACCUGUUUUUUGUUACUGGCUACUUUUUAGGGAAAUACAAAGAUUUUAUGGAAUGGAGCCAACACAAUCAUGCCUGUGAUUUGACUUAUAUUGGUAAAACAUCCUGUCCAACACCGCAGUGCUAUUGACAAUCCUGUUACCAACCAUUUGUUGCAGAAUAAACACAAUUUAUUUAUGUUUAGAUUCUUGGGUAUUGAAAGGGGUUUUGUGCCCAGAAGAGGUGGCACUGUCAAUUAUCUUUUGUUAAAAUGUUAAUGUUUUUGGAUAUACACUUUGGGCACCUUGAAUCCAGAUGGUCUUAAUGAAGAGUUGGAUCUCUGUAAAACUAUCUUAUAUUAUAUAUUGAUGUUUAUGAUCUUUGCAUGUACAGAUAUUGGAUUAUGAAUCUGUAUACUACUUUGGAAAUAUGUUGUUUACAAUUAUGUUUGACUUUUCAGAUAUGAAGAUGUCAGAUUGAUUUUGAAUAAAUGUUCAGCUUCAA